AUGGUGACGCCUGUGAUUCGAACGUAUGAUGAACCUUGCAAGCUCUUUGGGAGAAAGAUUCAUGAGAAAGAUUCAUCCAGUGUAUCUCCAAUCGAUAGUCACUUCUCCGUCACAAUGCUAGAAAAGCCAACCAAGUCGCAAGUCCUGGACGAAUUCAAAGAUGUGAGGAUCUGCCACUUCGUAUGCCACGGUGUGGCAAGUGCAGAGUUUCCCGAGUGGGGUGCGCUCAUUGUAGGGAACUCUAUGCAAGAGGAGUUGAGAAUCGAAGACCUUGAUCUUGUUCACAAUGACCAGGCUCAAAUUACCUAUCUAUCUGCCUGCUCAACGGCAGAAAUUAAACAGGCCCCCCUCGUCGACGAAAACAUCCACCUCGCAAGUUCAUUCCUACUGUCUGGGUUCCCUCAUGUAGUUGCAUCUUAG